AUGUGUUUGGGAACUGAGUCACUUUCAAACGAUAUUGAAGACAUUCGUAAGUUUUCUAAAUGGAUUUUACAAGUUGGUGAUGGAAAAAUAUCUGAACCAAAUGAUGGAUAUGCUGAAAUUUCAAUUCCACCCAAGUUCCUACUAAAUGAUUAUUUGGACCCAAUCGACAAAAUUGUUUCAAGUACCUAUCCAAAUCUCCUUCAAAAUUAUUCUAAUACUACCUACCAAAAGAGUCGAGCUAUUUUGGCUUCAACUAUUAAAACAGUUGACGAAAUCAAUGACUACGUCACAAAUCUUCUUCCAGGCCUAUGUAAUGGAACAAGAUCGACGGUUACUAGACUAGCAAAUCAUGUCAUUGAAGCCAAAAUUAUAUCAGGUACACACAUUGGAAAUAUUAUUUAUAUACCAAGAAUGUCUUUGUCUCCUUUUCAAUCUUCUUGGUCAUUCAAACUUAUUCGAAGACAAUUUUCCAUUGUUGUUUCUUUCUCAAUGACCAUUAACAAGUCUCAAGGCCAAUCAUUAGAUUAUGUUGGUUUAUAUUUGCCAAAUGAUGUAUUCAGUCACAGACAACUAUAUGUAGCAAUGUCAAGAGUCAAGAGCAAAGCUGGACUCAAAAUAUUGAUUCAUGACAAAGACAAAAAUCAUUUAUCUAAAACAACAAAUGUUAUCUUCAAAGAGGUUUUUCAUAAUAUUGUGUAG